AUGGUGGUGUUUGUGGUGGUGGAGUUAGUGCUAGUGCCUCUGGCAAUGUGUAAGGUUCCUCUACUUAAAUGCCCCAUCAGAGAUCCUCUUCCUAUCCUUCACAAUUGCUAUAAAUCAGGGGAUUUCCUUAUUGCUGGCAUUAUGUCCCAAAUCUACAUGGCUAUCAAUCCAAUAACAUUUGAAAAUCCUCCCUCAGAAGAACUGUUCGAUGACCUUUUAUUCCUGAUUCACAACUACCAGCACAUCCUGGCCGUGGACUUUGCAAUAAAGGAGAUCAAUGAAAACCCCCAAAUCUUACCUAACAUCACUCUAGGCUUUGACAUCUACAACAGCCAUUUCAAUCCAAUUAGGACCUAUCAUGCCUCAAUGGAACUUCUCUCCACACAGGGCAGGUUCAUCCCCAACUACAAGUCUGGUGCCCAGAAUCAUCCAGUUGCAGUCAUCACAGUACCUAACUCUGACAUCUGUCUCUUUGCUGCAGCCAUUUUGAGCUUCUACAAAAUCCCACAGAGAAAGAAGGAGGGGGAAUCUUUUUGCUGCUAUGAUUGCCUUGCAUGUCCACCAGGGAAGAUUUUCAAUGAAAAAGACAUGAAUGAAUGUUCUCAGUGUCCUGAAGGACAGUAUCCCAACAAAGACCAGACUUUAUGCCUGCCAAAAGAUAUAAGCUUCUUGUCGUAUGGAGAACCUUUGGGGAUCAGCUUGGCCACUGUUGCUCUUUCCUUCUCUUUCAUCACAGCUUUGGUGCUCGGGAUCUUUGUUAAGCACCAGGACACUCCCAUAGUCAAAGCCAACAACCGGGACCUCACCUAUGCUCUCCUCAUCUCCCUCCUGCUCUCCUUCCUUUCUGCUUUGCUGUUCAUUGGUGAACCGAAGAAGGUGACCUGUGUCCUUCGACAAAUGGCUUUUGGCAUCAUCUUCUCAGUGGCUAUUUCUUGUGUAUUAGCCAAAACUGUGAUUGUGGUUCUGGCUUUCAUGGCUACGAAGCCAGGAUCCAGAAUGAGGAGAUGGGUAGGGGGAAAGAUGUCCAGUUCAAUUGUCCUUGCAUGUUCCCUUUUACAAGAUGCUCUCUGUAUUGUGUGGUUGGCCACAUCUCCCCCCUUCCCAGCUUUUGACAUGCAUUCAAUGACUGAUAAAAUUCUUAUUGAGUGUAACGAAGGGUCAGUCACCAUGUUUUACUGUGUCCUGAGCUUCCUGGGCUUCCUAGCCACCAUCAGCUUCACCGUGGCUUUCUUUGCCAGGAAGUUACCUGACAGUUUCAAUGAAGCCAAGUUCAUCAUCUUCAGCAUGUUGGUCUUUUGCAGUGUUUGGGUGUCCUUCGUUCCCACCUACUUGAGCACGAAGGGGAAAUCCAUGGUGGCCGUGGAGAUCUUCUCCAUCUUAGCCUCUAGUGCUGGCUUACUGGGCUGCAUCUUUCCUCCAAAAUGUUACAUCAUUUUGCUAAGACCUGACCUGAACAGAAGAGGACAUCUUAUAAAAAUAAAGAAUUAA